AUGUUUGGAUCCGCUGAGCUGAAGCUGUGCGGCACCGCCUUCCUGCUGGUCCUCGGAGUGCUCGCCAACAUCUUUAACCUCGUGGUCAUGCUGGUGCAGCAGUACAGGUCCGGAUGUGUGAAAACUGUGGCUGUCAUCAUCUGCUUCAUCUCGCUGGGCAACGUCCUGCUGCAGACCUCCACCUUUGUCCUCGUGGCCUCGGUCUGGGCCGGGGUGCUCUGCUGGCCGGUCUUACCUCUCUUCUUCUGUGUCGUCCUGUUUGUGUGGCUCAGCAGCAGCUCCGUCAGUUUCUGGUCUGUAGCCUGGCUGAGCGUCCUCUACUGCAUGAGGGUUUUGAGCUUCUCAUCAGCUCUGCUCAGAGCGCUCAAGGAGAACAUCUCCGCCAUCCUGAACGUCUCCCUGGUGUUGACCUUCCUGACCUCCUGCGUGAUGUUCACACCUUUCUUCUACCUCCAUUUCCAAAGCAAAACUCUUGCUCCAAACAACAUGACAGGAAAUGCGGCUUGUGCCAUCAGGAAGCCCCUGUUUCCUGCCUGGGUUGACGUCGAUGUUUAUGUGAUCAUCUUCAUCUGCUACCUCACCUUGAUGCCCUUGAUGAUCAUGCUCCCGACGUCGCUGAGGUUGGUCGUCUACCUCUGCAAACACACCUUGUCCAUGCAGAAGAAGCAGAGCGGUUCUCACACAGCGGACUCAUAUCUGCUCCUCUGCAGGCUGACGGUGGCUCUGGUCUGGGUUUACCUCACCACGCUGCUCACCAUCUCACUCUACUAUUUCCAUGCAAUAUUCGCCUCUGGGCUGAGCGCUGACAUGCUCUUCCUCGGCUUGUCAUUUUACUGCGCAGCUUCUGCGAUCCUCCUCACCUGCUCUAACAAAACCCUGAGAGAGAAGCUCAGAGUGCUGCUCUGCAGGGGAAAGAACACCAACCCACUGACCAGGAGCGCUGAAGAUAAGAGUGGAGGAACAGCGACGGUGUGA